GGAGGAGGAGGAGGCCUUCUCGGCCUAGUGCUGCUCUGGGAGGCCUGUUCAUGGUUGCCCCCGGCAACCCAUAGACUCCCAUUACAGCCUGGCUAGCAGUUGGAGGCUGAUUACCAGUCACCGGCUGUUGGAAUGCAACAGGUGACACCGGUACCUUCUGGCUCCCCGCAGAAUCUACGGCUCAUCUGAGAUCGCUCCAGCCUUUGGUCUGAAGUUGAGCCAUCAUUCCCAUUAUGGAGAAGUACGAGAAGCUGGCCAAGAUCGGCGAAGGAUCGUACGGAGUGGUGUUCAAGUGUCGGAACAAAGAGACCGGACAAGUGGUGGCCAUCAAGAAGUUUGUGGAGUCGGAGGACGAUCCGGUUAUUAAAAAGAUAGCUUUGCGUGAAAUUCGGAUGUUAAAGCAACUGAAACACAGCAACCUGGUGAACCUGCUGGAGGUUUUCCGCAGGAAGAGAAAACUGCACCUCGUCUUUGAAUAUUGCGACCAAACGGUUCUUAACGAGCUGGAGAAACACCCCAAUGGGGUCCCGGACACAACAACAAAGAACAUCGUACAGCAGAUCCUACAAGCCGUCAACUUCUGCCACAAGAACAGCUGCAUCCACCGCGACGUCAAACCGGAGAACAUACUUCUCACCAAGCAAGGAGUCAUCAAGCUCUGCGACUUUGGCUUUGCCAGAAUCUUAACUCGGCCUGGAGAUGAUUAUACAGAUUACGUGGCCACUCGGUGGUAUCGCGCUCCAGAGCUGCUGGUCGGGGACACGCAGUACGGUGCGGCGGUGGAUGUUUGGGCCGUAGGAUGUGUCUUUGCUGAGCUGCUCUCUGGACAACCUCUGUGGCCAGGAAAAUCUGAUGUGGACCAACUCUACCUCAUCAUUAGAACCCUCGGAAAGCUGAUCCCCAGACACCAGUACAUAUUCCACAGCAAUGAGUACUUCCAUGGCGCCAGCAUCCCGGAGCCCGAUCCAGAUGAUGUGGAGACCUUGGAGGAGAAGUUCCCUAAUAUCCACUCUGCAGCCAUGGCCUUCAUGAAGGGUUGCCUGAAGAUGGAACCUGAUGACAGACUGACCUGUGAGCAGCUCCUGGAGAGUGCUUACCUAAACCCCGCCCGCGAGGAGCCAGAGAGGAGGAAUCGGAAGGCACGCAGAAGGCAACAGACUCAGCUCCUGCCUCACAUUCCCGGGAAUGGAGUCUCUCCGGCCCCAGAGGGGAAAACCAAGCACCGCCCACAGAAGUUCGACCAUUUCCCCAACAUUUAGAGGCCCCAAAGGCUUUGUGCCGGCUUCAAGGAAGUG